AUGAUCGUGAUUGGAAUUGCCAUCUACGACAACUCUGCAAAGGAAUUGAAGGAUUUUAAUCACGUCUACUUGACCACUCACAGAAUUUACAUCAUGUUUCAUAGUGACAAUACAUCAUCAUCAAUACAAUCGGAUCAUGGAAUUUCCUGUCCACUCUCAUCAAUAGAAAAGGUUGAGAAGGAGAGUGGAGGCUUCUUCCGAUCACCGAAAAUUAAAUUCACCAUCAAAUCAUCAAACUUUUCGAUAUCAUUUAGAAAGGGAAAGAGGGAUGAGUUUUAUGAUCAUCUUCAAGAUCAAUUAAAGAAGAAAAAGUGGACGGAAGAUGUAAAUAAUGCAAUGCAAAUAUCAACAUCAAUGGAUUCGAUAUCAUCUCUAACAACAGACUCCAGCAAUAAUAAUAAUAAGAAUGUAAAGAAGGAUUUCACUACAAGUACAGCUGGUGUUGCUGGUAUUAUGAAGAGAAUUGAUCAGGAAAAUUUGGAGGAACGAAAGGAAAUGGAUGAUGCCUUCUCGGAUUUGAAAAAGUUGAUGGAAAAAGCUGAGGAUAUGGUUAAUAUGGCAGAAAAUUAUAAGAACAAAAUUGUACAAAGGAUGAAAAACGACACUGAAGCCACAUCAGAGGAAACUGAAGAAGAAAAACAAAUUUUGGACUUUUUAUUGAAUUUGGGUUUAGCUUCUCCUGUUACCAAACAAUCUACUGGAGCACUUUAUCAUCAACAAUUAGCCAGGCAACUUAUUGACUUUCUAGACAAGAUUGUACAGGAAAGAUAUGGUGGUGUUAUUACAUUGAGUGAUGCAUAUUGUUUGUAUAAUAGAGCGAGAGGUACAGAUCUGAUCUCACCAGAAGAUAUGGAAAAAGCUUGCUCUCUUUUUGAAAAAUUGAAACUUCCAAUGAAACUCAAAGUAUUCGAUAGUGGCGUAAUUGUUAUUCAAUCCUCCCAAUAUUCUGAUAGAAUGAUGGCUGAAAAGAUUGCAGAAUUCAUUAGAGAUGGGCAUGAGUGUGAUGUAAUGACAUACAAGUUUAUUACAGCUGUGCGGUUAGCUCAAUUACUGAAUGUCAGCAUUGUUCUUGCAAAAGAAUUAUUACUUACUGCUGAACAUAACAGAACACUUUGUAGAGAUGAAAAUGAGGAAGGUAUCAGAUUUUAUUUAGUAUCUGAUGUGUUUGACAAAUUUAUUUAA